UAUAUUACUACUUACAGUAUUCCCACAGCAAAACUUGUUUUCUGAGUGUUGCUGAACCUCUGCAGUUCCUGCUGAUCUUCCGGAGAGCGGCGGCUGGAGAGCUGCAGGAGGAGAGCGGUCUGAUGGCUCUGGCCAGGCUUUCCGAGAUCAACGUCUCCACGGAGGGAGUGAUGGGGGCCAAAGACUUCUUUGAAGCCAAGAUGCAGGCUCUGUCUCUGGGCAGCAAGUUUGAGGCGGAGAUUCGGGAGGAAAAAGAAGAACGCAAGAGACAGGAAGAGGAGAAGAAAGAGAGGCAAGCCGCCUUCAAGCAGCUGCAAUCCACCUUCUGUUCAUGACCCGCCACAGGAGGUACAUAACAAUCCUGACAUGCACAGUCAGUGUUACUGACAUUUUUAGGAAUAGCUUUUCAUUCCACUUACACUUUAAUCAGUGGCAUUGCUCAAAAUGUGGGACUAAUUAACAAAAUUAGCAAGUUUCAUUAAAGUUAACACUCACUUAAAUACUUGAAAAUGCCUCAUAGCACAUGUCACAGGCAAGGUUUGUUAAUUUCAGACUUUCUGCAGCUGUCCCACAGAAAGCAAUAAGGCAAAAACACACAUUCAGAUGUAUAAGGAAAUAUGAAGUGAUAUCUCCAAACUCAUGGAAGUAUCAUAGAUAAACUGUGCAUUACUGUGGAAUUGUUCUGUCCGUCUGUACAAGAACUGGAAGUUUUCAUUUUGAGGGAAUGUGACUUGUUUAGGCAGAGUUAAGCUAUUAUCAGUCUGUCCUACAUAUGUUGUUUGUGAAGCGUUUUUGAUUUAAUGUUACAGCUCAUAGUUGUUGUUAAAAUAUCAUAUUAUUCAGUUAACACUGUCAACCUGUGAUGAAUACAAUAAUAUAGUAGUAGAAUAACUGCUUCACAGUAUUAGCAUAAUAGUACGUCUUGACAUCUCAUAGUACGGACACAUUUGUUGGUGGAAAAUGAAGCUCAACAUUGGUCCUUUACCUUUGGCUCAGUUGACUGAUCCAACACUCAACAGGGUUUACUCUGAUGGUUUUCAUAAAUAAUAUACAGUCACACAAAGAACACUCCAUGGUUUCAAUAUUGUGCCCCAAAUCUUAAAAUGACCAACUGUUUUCAAAAUCAGGGUGGUUAUAUUUUGUUUAACUUAGUGCUAUUUUUGUUUGCUUUCUUUCUGAGAGUGAGAUGAGAUACCUGUCCCAUGUUUGUGUGUACACAACCUGAGUGAAGCAGUUGUUAGCUUAGCUUGGCAUAAAGUGGAAGCAGGGGAAAAUUGCUAUUCUGGCCUGAAACAGCCUGUAGAGCACAUGUUGCAUUUUGUUUGUUACCUCCAGCCCACCCUAUCUCACCCUUAGAAAGAAAGCAAAUAAACCCUUUUCAUUUUAUUCCUUUCAUGGUUUUUGUUCACCUGUUGCUCCUGUUGUUAUCCCUAAACCAGACAUUAGAAAAGGGGACUGAAGUGAAACCCUGUUGGUAAAAGCACAUGUUAAGAUUGAAGAUGCAGGGACGGCUUGUAUCUAUUUAAGCAUGUUUUCCUGUUGUUCCAGGGUUUCUGUACCUUGGCUUGUCAUUCUAUUUUUAGGACCUACAUUCUAAUGACCCAAGCAUUUGCACAAGGAUUAAGUUGUCAUGUGAAUUUGAUUAUGGUGUAGUUCAAUAUUCUGUUUCAAGAGCAUGCAAUGCAUGCAAUGCAAUUGUCUUAUGUAAACUAGAUCAUCUUAUAUAUUUUAAAUCAAUUUAGAUAUUUUCCAUAUCAAUUAGAUCAAUAUUAGAAAUAUCCUGCAACAUAGAAUAUACAAAGACAGUGACUGAUGCGUGAUCCAAGCCUUUAAGUUUAAUUUCUUGAAGAAAUAACAGAAAAGUUAACAGGAAUCACUAGCUCAGUCUGCUUUAGUCUUUGUGGAUAGGCAACGCUAAAAGAAUUGUCAGUGUUGAUAAAGCAUUUAUGACACUCUGACGGGUUACACACUGUGACAUAAGAAUUUAUAUUGUAGUUUAAUUUGUAGCUUCUCAAAGCAGAUGUAGUGUGGGUUUAAAAGAGGUAUUGUAGUUAUUUAGCAUUGCACUUUCAAAAAACGUACUAAAGACAGCUAUUAGAAAUACUUGUCAACACUGGAUCCUACAUUCCCCAGAAUGCAAUGCAUGCCAUAAUCUUUAAGACCCUCCCCCUGUAGCAUAGAUCUUUCAAACUCCACUAAGUUUGUACCACAAGCUUCUUGUUAUGACAGAGAUAAUAUAAUUAUAUAAUUCAGCAACUUUGUCUGUGGAGGUCCCAUCAGUGUUAAUGGUAAAUGUAGUUCCCAGUCUCCUGCAUUUCUUCGACAAUGUUCUCUGGCUCGAUUAAAUAUCAGCAAAAUAUCUGUCAAGUAAAAACCUCUGCACUUUGAUUAUGGGAUACUAUUUUCGGUAUUAGAAAUAUAACUAUGAAAAAGCCAAAAGAACACGGAAGUUCGAAAGCGGAAGACUCUCCUGUAGUUCUUCUUUUCUCCCCCAACUACUUUAUUGACAUGUCUAAUGACACUUGGCGAUACAGAAAGCAAAAUAUAUUUUUGCACCAGGAGAAUUUCUCUGUCAAUAUAGAUUGCACAGUGGAAUUUAUUAAUUUAAUCGGCAUAACAAGUGGAACACAUUAUAAUUUAGGAAGUUGUUGUCUGGUGACAAUAAGGCUUGACAAAGCUCCCUUUGACCGUUAAAAAUAUAUUUAGCUGUUUUCACAGGCUGUACCUACUGCUGUGUCAAAUCAGUGGAGUGACUCUUUUAUGUGACCACCUAUUGAAAUGCAUACUUUAUGCUUGAACUGCCCACUGUCCACUCCAGUACUGCGUCUGUGACUCUAAACGUUCCCUACUUGAGAUUAUGUAUGCAGUAUCCCCAUUCAGGGUUCUUUAAAAUACAAAAUGUAAAAAACAACAGAAGGGGUCAGCAUGACUGUCCCAGUCUCAAUGCCUUUCUCCUGAACAGAGUUAUGCAGUGAUCACAUAUUUUUGUAAGCUAAUUUGGAAGUUAGCAUUACAAGGGCUCCCUCCACAAAAAGCCAUGCUAUUUUUUGUCCAUUGGUGAAAUGCUGACACAUUUCUGGUUUAUAGACUCAUUCCUCAACUCUCAGUCACAGCAUGCCACACACUAAGACAUGUAGCAAUUUCAAGAAGGACAUUUCAAUAUUAGAACAAAGCCCUGGUGCUGCUCAUAUUCAUUAAACUACAUUUAAAGUUCCAGUCCAGCUGCCCCCUUAGUAAAUCUCCAUGUCAAUACAACUCUUAUUAUGCAUAUCUCUCUUCAUGAUGUGCUCCCAAUAAAUCUCUAAUAUAUUUUCUAACUAUGUGAGAUUAGGAGUAACAGACACCAAGACCUCAGAGAGUGCAACAAGUGUGUUUAAUAGCUUUGCUAUGCAGCUAUGUCAUUAGCACUAGCUUAAAAAGAGAGAUGUGAAAGGAAUAGCUCCAUAUUUUGGAAGAUUAACUUUUUUUCAGAGUGAAAUAAUGUUAUUCUCAUGUUUGUGUGUUAAGUCCAGAUCUGGAGUUGGGAUGUAGCUAGCUUAGUUUAGCAUUAGGACUGGAAGCUCGGUAAAACAGCUAGCUUGGCUAAGUCCAAACUGAAAAGUACAUCUACCAGCACCUAUAAAGUUCACAUAGACAUUUUUGAACUUAGACUGUCAUUGUUAAAAUCCCUUAUAUGGUUUUAGGGGUGACUGUUUUAACUGCACAGAGAUUUUUAAAAAAAAAACAGUGCUUAACAACUAUCAAGCAACCUGCACUCCAGUUGUUGGGCGUAUGGUUAAAUAGUUGUUCAUCAAAAAGAAAAGUGUUUACAUUUCUGUUUGAAUACAGUUAAGUAACAUAAUAUUAGGAUGUGUCGGUGAGCUUUUGUGGUGUUGGCUAGUGUAUUUUUGAGCUUGCUUGAACCUGCUUCCUGUUCUUACGCCCUGCGUUUAAAACAGCUAGUUACCUUCCCUGCUAGCUAGCACAGCAUCAUAUAGCUGUCACCUGAUUGGUUGUGUGUCGCAAGGUCAGUGUCAUUUGUGCUCAAAGUUGAAAGUUUGACUUUGAGUGUGGUGCUUGGUGGCCUUUUUGAGCGUUGCGCGACGCCAGUUUAUCUCCGGCCUAGUCAACUGGCGCACCUCUCCAUGAGAAACCAAUAGCACAGCCAGCACAGAGUGUUUUACCGCUUUUCAUUUACAGGCAGCUUACAUUAGGCUCAUGUCCUGACUCCAACUCUGUAACCUAUCAACACAUGUUUUUGUGUACAUGAUCCUUCAUCAUCCUUGGAUGUUUGUUUUUUAGUGUUUAACGUCAACCGUGCUAGAAACCGAAUACAGAACCUGCUCUAUCCUACACCUGGACGCUGCCUAUGUCAGUUUCUCAGCUUUGGAACAGGAGUCCAUUUGGAGUUAAAAAACAAACUUACUGUCCUGGUAUUAAAGAAGUAUAAGUAAGAGCUCCGUCCCUACACCUGAAACACCACUGUCCACCAUUUGUUGUAAUUUCAGUUUUGAAACUCAAAAAUGGACUCACAGGCCUGGAAAAGCUGAACUGUGACCUAAGCAGUGUUUAUGCAGGUCAUUUAUCUGGUCCUUUAUUUACUCUAUUAAUGUAUUUGAGUUGAAGCAUGUUCAAGGUGUCAUAUAACAAAACUACUGUGCGUAUCUCAUACCUUCUUCAGUAUUUGUUGUGGAAAUUGACAAUGUAUUUUUUCAUAAAUAAAACACUAUAUAUAUUGUUAUUUGUUUUAGCAGAGACUUAUAAGUUGCCAAAUAUAAUAAGUCAGUGAGAUAUAUUUUUGGGCACUUGUAAAAUAUUGUGUUGUAAUACUCUGUCAGAAUGGAAGUUUGACUUGAUUGCAAUAAAGCAUAAAUAAAACUGAUGUUAAGAAA